CAAAGUAUGACACGACAGCGUCUUCUCAGCAAAAACAAAAAACACUGCCUCAUCCAUCUCUUCGUGUUCCGUUCUUUUACUACAGCUUUGCUACUACUGUCUUCUACAAACCUUCUUCCCUCUCUUCUCCAUAACACUCCCCACCAACCCAAGUUCAACACCUCUCUCUCUCUCUCUCACAAACACUUCUCCCAACCCUAAUGUCUCUCCCCAAAACCCUACUUUCUCUCUUCCUUCUCCUCACGAUCCCCCUAGUAACCGCCGAUGACGCCGCGGUGAUGUCGAAUUUUCUCAAAUCCCUCACUCCACCGCCCUCGGGCUGGUCUGAAACAACCCCAUUCUGCCAAUGGAAGGGUAUCCAAUGCGAUUCAUCCAGCCACGUGACCAGCAUAAGCCUCGCUUCGCAGUCCCUCACCGGAACACUCCCCUCGGAUCUCAAUUCCCUCUCUCAACUCCGCACUCUCUCCCUCCAAGACAAUUCCCUCACCGGCACCCUCCCUUCUCUCUCCACCCUUUCUUUCCUCCAAACCGUCUACUUAAACCGCAACAACUUCUCCUCCGUGUCCCCCACCGCCUUCGCCUCCCUAACCUCCCUCCAAACCCUCAGCCUCGGCUCCAACCCUGCUCUCCAACCCUGGUCCUUCCCCACCGACCUCACUUCCUCCUCUAACCUAAUCGACCUCGACCUCGCCACCGUAUCCCUCACCGGUCCCUUGCCGGACAUUUUCGACAAAUUCCCUUCCCUUCAACACCUUCGCCUCUCUUACAACAACCUCACCGGCAAUUUACCCUCCUCUUUCUCCGCCGCCAACAAUCUCGAAACGCUCUGGCUCAACAACCAGGCCGCCGGCUUGUCCGGUACCCUCCUCGUCCUCUCCAACAUGUCUGCAUUAAACCAGUCCUGGCUCAAUAAGAACCAGUUCACCGGUUCCAUACCGGAUUUAUCGCAAUGCACGGCUUUGUCUGACUUGCAGCUCAGGGAUAACCAGUUAACUGGUGUGGUUCCCGCUUCAUUGACAAGUCUUCCUAGUUUGAAGAAAGUUUCUCUGGAUAAUAAUGAGCUUCAGGGGCCUGUGCCCGUGUUUGGGAAAGGUGUGAAUGUUACUCUCGAUGGGAUUAAUAGUUUUUGUCUUGAUACUCCUGGGAAUUGUGAUCCCAGGGUGAUGGUUUUGCUGCAGAUUGCCGAGGCAUUCGGGUAUCCGAUUCGGUUGGCAGAGUCGUGGAAGGGGAAUGAUCCGUGUGAUGGUUGGAACUAUGUUGUGUGUGCUGCCGGAAAGAUUAUUACUGUCAAUUUCGAGAAACAGGGUUUGCAGGGUACCAUCUCCCCUGCAUUUGCCAAUUUGACUGACUUGAGGACUUUGUUUCUCAAUGGCAAUAAUUUGAUCGGUUCUAUACCUGAUAGUUUGAUCACUUUGCCUCAGCUUCAGACUCUUGAUGUGUCUGACAACAACCUCUCUGGAUUGGUUCCUAAGUUCCCACCAAAGGUGAAGUUGGUGACUGCGGGAAAUGCUUUGCUUGGGAAACCCCUUAGUCCUGGAGGUGGACCAAGUGGAACUACUCCUUCUGGGUCUUCGACCGGUGGAAGUGGUGGUGAAUCCUCAAAGGGUAAUUCUUCGGUGUCGCCAGGUUGGAUUGCUGGUAUAGUUGUUAUUGUGUUGUUUUUUAUUGCAGUGGUGUUGUUUGUGUCUUGGAAGUGUUUUGUCAACAAGCUGCAGGGGAAGUUCAGUAGGGUUAAAGGUCAUGAAAAUGGGAAAGGAGGCUUUAAACUUGAUGCUGUCCAUGUUUCUAAUGGAUAUGGUGGUGUUCCAGUUGAGUUGCAAAGCCAGAGCAGUGGUGAUCGCAGUGACCUUCAUGCUUUAGAUGGUCCAACAUUUUCUAUCCAAGUUCUUCGACAAGUGACGAAUAAUUUCAGCGAGGAGAACAUUUUAGGCAGGGGAGGGUUUGGAGUAGUUUAUAAGGGGGAGUUGCAUGAUGGAACAAAAAUUGCUGUUAAGAGGAUGGAAUCUGUUGCAAUGGGGAACAAAGGUCAGAAAGAGUUCGAAGCAGAGAUUGCACUUCUUAGUAAAGUUAGGCAUAGACAUUUGGUUGCUCUUCUAGGGUAUUGCAUCAAUGGCAAUGAAAGGCUUUUGGUGUAUGAGUAUAUGCCUCAAGGUACAUUAACACAGCACCUGUUUGAGUGGCAGGAGCAUGGGUAUGCUCCUUUGACUUGGAAGCAAAGGGUAGUAAUAGCUUUGGAUGUAGCGCGGGGGGUGGAAUACUUGCACAGUUUAGCUCAGCAAAGCUUCAUUCAUAGAGACUUAAAACCCUCAAACAUACUACUAGGCGAUGACAUGAGAGCAAAGGUUGCUGAUUUUGGGUUGGUUAAAAAUGCACCAGAUGGGAAGUAUUCUGUUGAGACACGGUUGGCUGGAACAUUUGGAUAUCUUGCACCUGAGUAUGCAGCUACUGGAAGAGUGACAACCAAAGUGGAUGUUUAUGCAUUUGGAGUAGUUCUGAUGGAACUUAUCACCGGUAGAAAGGCAUUGGAUGAUACUGUGCCAGAUGAAAGGUCUCACUUGGUGACAUGGUUCCGUAGGGUACUAAUUAACAAGGAAAACAUUCCAAAGGCAAUUGAUCAAAUUCUCAAUCCAGAUGAGGAAACCAUGGGAAGCAUAUAUACAGUGGCCGAGCUGGCAGGCCAUUGCACUGCUCGCGAACCAUACCAAAGGCCGGAUAUGGGUCAUGCAGUGAACGUCUUGGUUCCUCUUGUGGAGCAAUGGAAACCUACUAGCCAUGAUGAAGAAGAGGAAGACGGCUCUGGCGGUGACCUUCAUAUGAGCCUUCCUCAAGCUCUACGAAGGUGGCAAGCCAACGAAGGCACUUCCUCAAUAUUUAAUGACAUUUCCAUCUCACAAACCCAAUCAAGCAUCUCCUCUAAACCUGCAGGGUUUGCAGACUCCUUUGAUUCAAUGGAUUGCCGUUAACCGAAUUGAUAAACGAGACAACUAUCCAAGGGCAUCUUAGUCCAUAUGAUAGUGGAAGGUGUAGUUGAGAAUACCCAAGAAAACCAGAGGUUGUAAAGCUGUUUUGAUCUAUUAGCAUCGCCAAUUUCUUUGUAAUUAUUUAUUAUUGUUCAAAAUGUCAUUUUUAUGGUGUUCUUAAAAUCUCCUCAUCUGAACUAAACCUGGAUCUUUUAGUUUGGCGUUCUUUAUUGAUUCUUUAAGACGAUGGAUGGGUUUUAAAGGAUGGUUAUUGGUCGGUGUACCUGAUCGUGAGGAUGAUUAUUUUAUUUUAUUUUUGGGAAGGGAAGGACUAUACAUUUAUUAAUUGUAUUAUAUUCUUUUUUAUCCCUUUUUGAAUCAGAAGUAUAUUUAUCGCAUGUGCCAUAAA